AUGACGUCAUCCCUUCGUCAUCAGCAACAUGCAUCUUUUGUUAUCAAGGCCUACCAUGCAAAACUGACCAUCUUGAACUUUGAACCCGUCACCAUUAACGUGAUUCAACAUCAACACAAUUCAACAUCAACACAAUUCAGCAUCAACAUGUCUCAACAUCAACAUUAUGGAGAACGCGACUCUAGCUCGUUGGUUUUAAAAAAUUCGUUCGAAAGAUUUCAGCCUACCUUUUUCAAUGAAUCAUGUGGUCGAUCCAAGACAUCGCAGAAUAGGGACGUCCUGGAACCCACUGUGAGAGCGAAUCCCAGCCAACAAGCAGCAACAUACAACUGCAACAGCAGCAACAACACCAGCAACAAGAUGACACGUGUUGAGAUGCAUGCGUAUGAUCUUGCGAUCAUUAAUAAUGAAGAACGUUCAGUCAGGCCCACUUCUGCUUCCAUGACCAAUCAAUUUCUACUAUUAUACAUCUAA